CUACUGUUCGUCAAGGAGAAACCAGCCCGUUCCCUACGCGUGAGCGGCGGCAAGCACAAAUUUGCUCCCUUACGUUGACGACGCUGAGGUUUUUUUCAAGAUUUGACGCUGUACUUCGCAUAUCUUCUUGUGGGCAUUGGUGUUCGUCCUUCAGACAACGGCCCAACUUAAGCCCUUCCGCCUUUAUAUAUGAUUAGCAGUUGCAAGGGUUAGCAGGACACGAAUGAAGCGAAUGUCUAUGAAACCGAUGAGCUGUGGUGUGUAUUGCUGAUCUCCAAUCAUCCGUUGAAAAGCCUGCAUACAUCCGGUCUUACCAAUAACGCUUCUGGUGGUAAGAGAAUAAAUUCCGAACAUGUGACUCUAUUCUGGAACAUAUUCAAACGUCAUCACAGCUUUCUCCGCACCGUUGAACACACCUAAAUUCACACCAGAUCAUUAGGAUAAAUCGGGCCAAGAUCGAAAGAUACGGAAACCAUCAACUUUUGGGGGCCUCGAAACCGACGUGAAGGAGCUAAGCGUUGCUCUUGAAGCCACUUUAUCACAUCGCUAUUUUUGCCAUCGAGUCCUCAGUAAAAAGAUGUUUCAGUUACCAAAGCUACCCUUUUCCAACCCAUUUUCCUACUUCAACUCUCGUUCAAUCAAAUUGCCUUCAGUCAAAAUCGACGACAUUGAGACGUCUUCGGAUCGCCGGGCUCGUACUCUGAAACACCUUUUGAAAGCUAAUCACGCCAACCAUUCCAUCAUCUAUCACAACUUGAGGUUUCACAAUCAUUGCCCGCAUAUUCUCGGUUCGGCAUAUCUCCUCGGAAGCACAAGUGAGCAUUUGAACGACAUCUAUGAUAAAGAAUCGAAGCAAUUGGAAGGCUGGAAAGACGCCCCUGGCGAGGUCACUGGUGGCGACUGGCGAGAAUAUCUUGGGAAAAGGGAAUACCAACGAGCCUUCGUCGAUCUCUUUGAGGAUGAACUAGUAAGACACAACUACGAUUGGAAGUCUCUUCUGAACACCUACCUAUUCGACGGUGAAGAACCAGUUUUUAACAGCCUCAUUGAGGGUCUGGCGCAUCCACUUAUUCACCUCGGCUACGGCUACGAGCUCAACUCGCAAACUGUCGCGAUAGAGGCCCUUGCCAUGGCCUGUUGCUUCUAUGGCGACAUGCACAAGUAUAUCGACGAUCCAGCUUACAGCAAGCCACCAGCUCCAGAGGUCGUCAGUGCUUCGCCACUAGAGCUUCUGCAAAAGAUCCAAGGUGACAGGCGCUUUGAUUCACUGAACCUCACACACCCUGGCUCCGAAAAUGCUGAGAAAAUUCUAGCAGAAUGUGAAGAUGUCGUGCUGGAAUACUGGAAUGCGUGGACGCUACCCAAUCCGAAGGACCAGUUCCAACAAUCUCAAGAGGCCGCAGUAGCGUUACUCGUUGGGACCCAUGAUGAGAGGCAAAAGUAUGACUUCUUUCUUUUACAUCUCUUGACUAGCUCGCACGCCAUUCGGAUUCUGCUGCCGCUCAUUCCUGCCAAAUUCGAAAUCUCACUUGUUCGACAAUGGUGGCUAUUCGCAAUUAUCACGUAUGUGUGCCAGUUGCGGCCCCAGAUCGAGAUGUCACGCAUCCAUGACGUGAAGCUGGACGGCAGAGACUGGAAGUUUAUUGAUCAUGCAGCCUUGGCUGGAAAGUACAGUUUGGACCCGCACUAUGUGAAGGCUUUGAGGGCUUUGAAAGAAGCAAAUAACACGUGGGGUGAGCAUGAGCAUUUCUGGCUCAAGGCAGCUGUUAAAUUCGCGGAAGAUUUUAGUGAUUGGUUUGGAUUUGGUCUAGAUGAGGAGAUGGAGAAGAACGCAAACACAAGAGACUGAGUGCUUCAAUGUAUAGUAUGUAAAAGUUAUCUUGUUUCUGGUAAGGUCUUUCGUUCGCAAUACUCUAUUUAUCACGUCAUCUUCUUACUCGCAACAUCUUUGCAUCCCGGCGCAACGCUGCAAUCCGUAGAUUCUAAAUCUGCCAUGCAUCACGAAGAAUCUGUAU